AUGGAAAUCGAAAACAUAUGUAUCGAUGACUUUCCUCUAUUAUUUGGUUCUUAUGGAAUAUGUAGAAAUGUUAAUGAACAAUUUAUCAAAAUUCUAAAACGGCUUGACUUAUUUAAUCAAGAAGCUAUAGAAUUGCAAAGGAAGCUAACCAGCAUCAUAAAUAAAGUAAAAGGAUGGUUGGAAAAAGACCUUUCCGCUGAUGCUGUAGACUAUUACACAAAGGGAAUAAGUACCCUUUAUCCUACAGAAACACCACCUAAAGACCAAGUAUUCGAUAUCACUUAUCAAGAAAGAUAUUCUAUAGGCAAGCAGUUUGUUUCUGAAAGAAAGAAUUGCAAUGAAAAGAUGCAGAAAUGUUUAGAAAUGUGUGACGACCCUGAUCAAUUAUUGAAAGGUUCUAUCAUAGAAAUUUGCAGUCUUGUAAAAAUAGUUCGAAAUCAACUUUUUAAGUUGAACUUUUUGGUUGAAAAAAACCUAAACGAUUCGACUAAUUUAAAUCAAGAUUUUAAUCAAAUACAAGUGCAGUUGGUUAGUCUUCUAAAUAACAUCGAUAGUAAAAUAGAAAAGUAUCAAAAUGAUAUUACUACGAGCAAAGAAAAGGUUGAUUUAUGUCAAGAACUGCUUGAUGCAACAGAACUCCAAUUUAACAGAGUAAGAUUGGGAAGGACUCCUGCGUAUAGUGAUCAAAUGCAAAACUGUACACAAUUUACUAAUAUUACUUAUAUCGGAGACGGUGGAUUUGCUACUGUUUACCGUGCAACCUGGAUCAAUGGAUUGGGUAUUUGGGAUUAUGCUCUCGGAAAAAGAGUUCGACAUCAAAACACUGAAGUAGCUUUAAAGUAUCUUCACGGUCAGGAGGUUGAUCCUAAAUUUUUUGAAGAGGCAAUUUUAUCUAGCAGAGUACUUCAUUGUUAUGGUAUUUCGAAAGAUCCUAAUAGCAAAAAUUAUAUUAUGGUCCUGCCUUAUGCUCACGGAGGAGAUUUAUUGAAUUACAUUAAAAAAAGAUGGAAGAGAAUGAAAUGGAUAAAUAGACUUCAUAUCCUCCGACAUCUAACUUACGGAAUUGUUGAUAUUCAUAAUAAAGAUCUAGUACAUCAUGAUCUUCACCCAGGAAAUCUUUUUCAUUAUCAAAAGCUACUUGCAGUUGCUGACUUAGGAUUAUGCAGACCAGUUAAUGAAAAAUCAUCCGAAAAAUUAUACGGAGUUAUAAGAUAUGCUGCACCAGAGUAUUUACGUGGUAAUCCUUAUACGCAAGCUGCAGAUAUUUACAGUAUUGGAAUGAUUAUGUGGUUGCUUGCUUUAGGAGAGCAUCCAUUUUCUGACAUAAAAUAUAAUAAUAAAUCUGAUCAAGAAUAUGAUAUAAACCUUACAUUAGACAUAUGUGAAGGUUUGAGACCCGAAAUUCCAAAUGAAAUACCAACUAUAUAUGCUGAAUUGAUGCAAAAAUGUUGGAGUGAGGAUCAAAAUGCGCGACCUACGGCUGAAGAAGUAUAUUUAGAAGUCAAGAGAUGGAUUUUCGAAAUUGAAAAUCCUCCAUCAAAAAUUACACAACAAUUUGAUGACAAUAUUACAUUAUUGAACAAAAAUAUUAGUGAAUAUUCUUAUAAAAACUACAGAAGUCAAGACCUGAGCAAAAUUUCAGAAAAUUUAAAAUGCUAUGACAGUUUCAGUUUGCUAACUUUGUCACCACAUUCCAAGAGUAGCGAAAAUUCAAUGCUAAAUGUUGAGAAGAAAGCUGAAACUUCACUAAUUAGAAAUAAAAAGUCUACAUUUGAAAGUAAUAAAGAAAAAGCUGAACUAACAAAAAUUGACCAUUCGAAAAAGUUUAAAGAGAGAAGAAACCAAGAAAUCAUAGAUAUUAUAGCAAAUAUAAAUCCCCAAAAUGGAAAUAGCUUUAUAUCGGUUCGCCUGAUUCGUUGGGAAGCGUAA